AUGUCGACCGAAGGAACUAGUGGUAAUGAUGGACUCGAUGUCAAGGGGUUGUGUGAUGUAAGUUUUUUUUGAUUGGUGAUUAUGUUAGUUAUUUCAGGAGAUCACUAACAAAACAGCAGAAGCGAUGAGAUGCGCUUUAGCGCUUCCAAAACUAGGGGUUGAUUAUGAGUUAUACAAUGUGGACGAUAAAUUCAUGAAGUUAAACAAAAAUUUUCAAAGCAAGAUCUUCUCCAUGUUAUCAUGCACACUUAGUUCGAACGGGUAUUUAUUAAGUGGGCAUACACGACUGAAUGAUAUGAGUGAACUGGUAAACGCAAAUGAUCACUUUCUUCAGAGUGCUGUAAGUUUUUCUGGAUUUUUUAUGUCAUGUUUAGUCGAUGGCGUUGGAAAGGCAUGAGAGUGAAGCCAAUGGCGAUGAUAAUGUUGUGAUUCGAUGCCUUGACGGGCAAUUGAGGAAACCGACGGACGCAAUCGGGAGGGAUAAUGGCGGUCGUUAUUCUCAUAUUUCCGGGAAGAACACGAAAUUUGAUCGUAAUGUGAUUGUCGUAGGUACCCCUAUUUACUUCCGAUUUAAAAUUUUUAUUCUAGGUCAAACCCCAAAAAGCCUUCCAAGAUGCCAUCAACAACUCGAGUUCUAGGUUUAUUAUGAAGUUACCGGUGAAGCACAAUAGCCUCGAUUCUCAUCCAGAUGUGAAAUUAGAAUAUGACGAAUCUAUUCAUCCUUAUUCACAAGAAAUCGCAUCAGUUAUACCUGGAGAAGAUACAUUUACCCAAUCUGAAUUUGUAAGUUACCGUUUCUGUGGGUUCCUAUCCAAAUUUUUUAGGAAUUGAAAAGUCUGGAAGCUACUCCUCUUGUUAUUAUUGACACUGAAGACAAGCUUCGGUCUCUUGUGUCCACCUUAAAGAAAGAAAAGGAGUUUGCAGUUGAUGUAGAACAUCACAGUUACCGAAGUUUCUUGGGAUUAUCGUGUUUGCUUCAAAUUUCAACUCAUUCUACAGAUUACAUUAUCGAUCCUUUCCCAAUGUGGAAGCAAAUGAAUCUUCUGAACGAUCCCUUCUCAGAUCCUCGUAUUUUAAAAGUAUUCCAUGGUGCCGAAAGUGAUAUUAUUUGGUUACAAAGAGACUUUGGAAUCUAUGUUGUCAACAUGAUCGAUACUUACCUUGUAAUGAAGGCAUUAAAGAUGCCAAAGAAGAGUUACCAACAUCUGGUCUUCUCGAGUUUUGGGAUAUUAUUGGAUAAGAAGCUUCAGAAGUCGGAUUGGAGACAACGGUAAGAUUUCCUCGAAAUCAUGAUAUCUUUUAGGCCACUUGACAACGAGCAUUUGCAGUAUGCUCGAUGUGAUACACAUUUUCUACUGCCGGCCUUCAAAAAACUAUGCAUCAGAUUGAAUGAAUCCGAUGACUUUGAUUCACUUUCAUCAGAAAUUUUUAAUAAGAGCAAGGGAAUUUGUUUGAAGGUAUGGUUUGGGGAAAAAUGUGCUUACUUUCUGUAUUGCUUAUAAUUCACGCCUUACUGUUUCCAGGUAUUCGAACAACCUAUCUUUGAUGAAGAAGGUUAUCGAGCACUGGCCAUCAAAGAACUGAAUAACCGGCAACUUUAUGUCCUCCGAUGUCUUUGGGAAUGGAGGGAUCGAACAGCUAGGGAAGAAGACGAGAGUUUGGACUUUGUUUUACCUAAUCAUAUGAUGCUACACAUUGCUGAGGUAUUGCCUAGAGAGAUUCAAGGGAUCCUGGCUUGCUGUUCUCCGGUUCCUGUUAUUGUUAAACGAGAUAUCUUUGUCAUUCACAGGCGAGUUAAUUGACUGGCUGUUUCAUUUCUAACGACAAGUGUUUAGGUUUGUAACCACUGCACGAGAUAUGCCCUUAGAGGAGAAGGAACAAUAUUCAAUGGCAUUAUCGCUUCAAGAAACUGUAAAAAACAGAAAUCUUUUCAAGAACAGAUACACCAGAGAGUAUGCUCGGCUGGACAGUAGAUUCGACCAGAGGGAAUACAAGGUCGAUGAAGAAAGACCUGACCGUGGAGAACGUAUCUCGACCAUGUUUCAGGAUACAAUUCGUCUAUCCGUUGCCAAAUCGAAGGAUCACCCUCUCCUUCCAUUCAAGAAAGUGAAGAGCAAUGUGACCGGUAAAAUGAUGAAGAAAGUGGAGGAAAUCAGGAAAAGGUUUAGCGAUUGGAAUCCCCCUUUUGAGCGAUAUAUGAGAGUCCUUGAGGAAGUGGGUAUAUUUCAUUUUGGUGAUGAUAUUUCUGUGUUUUUUAGAAGAAGCGAAAACGAGAAGAGCAACAGGAAGAAGUUCCAUCCAAUCAGUACAGUCAUCAUUGCCCGGCUGCGCCCAGAGGUCAGACAACGUAAGGUUUCCCCUUUAUGGCAAAUUCAUUUUUCAGAGAAGUGAAAGUUGAAGACAUGGAGGCCGAGGCUGUUAUAGCUCCAACCGAGUCUUAUAUUCGAAAGAAGAAACAUCACAAACUUCAAUUUGAGGAGCCGAGUAAGAAAAUACCAAAGUUCACAUAG